GGUUGAUAGUAUCGUCCGAAAAUGGACACUAAAAAAUGUUGCCACAGCGCAUGUGUGCCCAUAAUCUAAUUAGUGAAUAAUGUUAUUUUGUGCAACUGUGAUUUUGUGAUGUGUUUUCAUAUUAUUGUACGUGAAAAUUGGAUUAUUUUGGAUUGUUUAUUAAGAAAGGCAUGGGCAAGCGGCGGAAGCUGUGAUCCCGCCCCUGCGCGGCAGCCUGCGCCAUGGACUGCUACGUGCCCAACAACCCGCAGUUCCUGGGCUGCUGCCACGGGCUGUGCUGCGACCCGCUGCAGCCCUGCGCGUGCGAGCAGCUGCGAGACCUGCCGGGGGACUGCUGCCAGCAAGAAACCGAGAACUGCUGCCCAGAUAACGGAGACGAGCUCAACGCGCUAAGCGAGUCCAUCGCGCCGUGCGAUGUAGCGCUGGGCGACGUGAGCGAGCCGAGCUGGCCUGCCGAGGACAUGGGCUCCUUCUCCCUGCCACCGCUCGAGCUGGACCCUCUGCCGUCUCUGUUCCCCUUCUCACCGUGCCCAGGAUACAACAGAAACAACGGGGGGGAAUGCAGGGAGCGCGGCGGGGGGGAGGCGGCGGACGUCCUCCUCUCAUUGAAGCAUGCCGUCGUCCACGGAGACUGCGCGGCCGACACCGUGCACCCGCAGAUGGUGGUGAACGGCAGCGGCGGCUACCCGUACUACGAGCACUAUGGCGGCGCGCCGCUCUUCCCCACCAUGAGCGUGAACGUCUCCAUGAACAUGACCAUGCAUGGCUGCCCGCCCGAGCAGCUGUGCUCGCAGGUCCAAUGGAAUCAAAACGCCUCGGCCCCUUCAGUGAACGUCGUCUACCCCCAAACACAGAAUGUCAUCCCCCCUUCAUACCCCGCCGCCACCUACUCCUUCACAGCAGACUUCCGAGCUCCUAACCAAUCCGACCCCUUGAUAACCGCAACUUCCACUUUUAAACCAUUACAAUUACAGAACACCCAAAAACCCAACCCAAAUUACUUGUUCCAACAAAAACCCAACUUUUCCAAUCAGAAAAAUUUGGGUCCGAUGUUGAAAAGGUCCCCAUCGAAGAUGUACAUGCAGGAACAGAAGGAUCAGAUGGGGAAUGGGUAUAUAUUGAAUCAUCAGGGGCAAAUGCAUCAGGAAUUCGGCUACUCUGCCUGCGUGAACGCGUCGGGAAAGGUUCAGGUCGGAGCUCUAAGCGGUUGUUCAGAGGACGAUGAGCAGAAGCCAAAUCUCUGUCGUAUUUGUGGCAAAACGUACGCCAGGCCGAGCACGCUGAAGACACAUCUCCGCACGCACUCCGGUGAAAGACCCUACCGAUGUGGAGAUUGCAAUAAGAGCUUCUCCCAGGCAGCUAAUCUCACAGCCCAUGUGAGAACACACACGGGGCAGAAACCUUUUAGAUGUCCAAUAUGUGAUCGUCGGUUUAGCCAAAGCUCCAGCGUAACGACGCACAUGAGAACGCAUUCCGGGGAGCGACCUUACCAAUGUCGCUCCUGCAAGAAGGCGUUCUCUGACAGCUCAACACUGACCAAACAUUUGCGAAUACAUUCCGGGGAAAAACCUUAUCAAUGCAAACUGUGUCUACUCAGGUUCUCACAGUCGGGUAAUUUGAACAGGCACAUGCGUGUGCACGGCAACAUAGCGGGCGGCAUGCUCGCCUGACACAUGUAGCAAUGCGCUUUGCGCUACUCUACUGAUUCUGCGCAGUUUACUCACUUACCUAUAGUCUGAAAAAAAAACAACUUGAGAGGUGUUAAGGGACACCAGGAUGUAACGAUGUUUCGUCGCGGAAAGUCGGGGGUCUUUUGCGGUUGGGGUCUUCUGGGGUUAGGGGUCUUUUGUGGUGGUCUCGGAGACUAGACCCCCCCCAGGUUCAAGUCUCCCUUGAAACAGGGGACCUACAGCAAAAAGUGUCGUUACAACUGUUUGGUCUUAAUUUUUUCCGUCUAGCCCCCUUUCGCAACACGCGAUGAGGAACUUCGUUCCAUUAAAAACAUUAAAAAACUGGGUUGCUUUGUGGUGUGGGACUGCGAUGAAAAAUAUUUAUUCCGAUUGUUUUGGACACGUUACUUUAGGUCCUCUAAACUGGUACGAGAGCCGGCGUAAGAAAUAUACACCUUCAUCUGUUAAAAUAUAUUUGAGAUAAAUAAAAAAUAAAUAACAAAAAAUAUUCACAUUGACAAAUUGCACAUAGGUUUUCUAGAUAAAUUGCAGCCGAACAGUAUUAUUUUUUUUUAAUUUCCUUCCCUCAUUGGUUAAUUUAAAAAAAAUGUAUAGUAAUUAAUAGAAUAGGUGUCAAAAAGAAUAGAAAAAGUAAAGGUUGCCUGCGUUCACACUGCAACUGUGGGGUUGUCAGAUAUAAACAGUUAAGUAAUGUUAUUUAUAUACCCUCAUAAAUUAUGUAAUCGUCUAAUAUGUCAAACGAAAGCUCAUUAUAUGAUUAAUCUAAAUAUUAGCUUGCCUUUGAUCUAGUUCAUGGUUCCCUAAAUUUUGUAUGAAAAAUAUGUUUGGUCGCAAUUUAACUAGGCAACCUAUUUGCAACGUGUCACUGUGAACAUAUUCUAUCAUUUAUUUUAUAGCAUUAAUACUAAUGAAUAACAGAUGAGAGUAUAGAUUCAGGAAUGCCGGAUCUAAGACUACCGUGAACAUGUGGGAGACAGCUAGGGUUGCCAACUAUACUGUUUUAAACAGUAUUAUACUGUUUUUCACUUAAAUAAACUUUUUACUGUUGAACAAAAAUUUAGUAUACAAAAUAUUGUUUUCAGCAUCAAAAUGCAGGCACAUUAUUAUAUUUUUUCAGUAAUUAUUGCUAUGUGGCGGAAGGAUAGAAAUAGACCAUCUAUCAAUUUAAUAAAAAUGAGCGUCUCAUUUAUUUUAAUUUCAGUUAUAAUUGUGAUGAGGCGUACCUAUGAAGUUUUAAAAAACAUUGUAAAUUAGUAAGUGCAAGAAGCUCUAAAAAUUAUGUAUUGAAAACAGUAAAUAAAUAACAUAAUGUUCGUUUUUCUAAAAUACUGUUUAAUAACCUUCACAGACCAAAAUAUACUUUAUUUCUUGUAAAAAAAGUUGGCAACCCUAGAGACAGCCCACUUUGCUUUAGCCACUUGCUGUGCCCUGCCUCUUUCAUUAAGUAGGCUAUAUUAUAUAAUUAUUAUUCGAUGCAAGAUAAUAGAUAUUACCUAAUUUAAUAACGUUUUCGAAUUUCCGAGAAAUUCGUUAAAACUUUGUCAUUCGACGGUUUGUAGAAUAUAGGUAAAUAACUGCUUCAAGAUUUUGUAAAAAAAAAUACAGUGUAGGUAUAUACUUAGUAUUGUAAAUAAUAUUAUGAACAUAAAAGUGUUUUUUAGUCCAGUUAGUGGAAGCGUGCGUCAUACUUAUUUUUUUUAAUUUAAAAUUAAAUUAUGAUACUUUCAAUAUAGGUUUGAUAAUUUUAUUAAUUUUGCAAAUCAACAAUUGAUGCGUAUUUUGCGUUGUUAUUAUUUUUUAUAACAAAGUGUAAAAACUUUUAUUAAAUUUUCAUAACUUUUUAAGGCAAACGGCUCAAAUGCGUAAUCUCCGACUUCUGCCUUCAAUUCCGGAGGGUGUGGGCAUGCACCUCCAACUUUUCAGUUGUGUGCAUUUUAAGAAAUUAAAUAUCACGUGUCUCAAUCGGUGAAGGAAAACAUCGUGAGGAAACCUGCAUACCAGAGAAAUUUCUUAAUUCUCUGCGUGUGUGAAGUCUGCCAAUCCGCAUUGGGCCAGCGUGGUGGACUAUUGGCCUAACCCCUCUCAUUCUGAGAGGAGACUCGAGCUCAGCAGUGAGCCGAAUAUGGGUUGAUAAUGAUUACGACUUAACUCUGAAGUUUAUAAACUUCUUCCAAGAUACCUCAAAUAAGGAAAGGUAAAAAUAGGGUAAGAACACCCAGUUUCCCAUACUUAUUAGGUACCUAUAUAAAGUACAAAACUGCUGCUUUCUUUUGCUUUUCUGAUUCUCUCUUGAAGACUCGCUCUAGUCACUCAUAUUUCGUGGCUAAUACGUCUAAUGCACGCCAUUGACGAUCUAUUAUUCUUGCUUAUCUGUAGCACCCACGACUAUAACUGAUCGUGUAUUGGUCGCUGCUUGCAUGACGGCUCGACUUAUGAAACGUCUUUGCUGCCGUUUGCGCUGCAGAAACGUGAGAAUAAUUGACCGUCAAUGGCUGACUUAAGGCGCUAUCUCUAAAAAAAACCCGUCAAAUACAGAAACUUAUUAGGUAUAUGAUGUAAUGUAACUAACUUGCAAUGUAACAACACCUCCACUAACUGGACUGUUUGUAAAUAUUUAGGUUUAAAUGUAUUUAUUACAUCAGUCUAGUCACCUGAAUUGAAUUUUAGCUUAGCGCACCCUUUCAGAGAUUUAUGACAAGAAUAUUGUUACUGUACCGAAUUUUUCAUUAAGUAGGUAGGUAUAUACCAGCAGCGAAGAGUCUAAACAACCCGAUUCCUAGCGGUAUACCUUUUAAAAAUCCAUACUCGUACAUAUUCAUAAUUAUAAAUUAUUUUAUAAUUACGCUCGAAAAAGGUGCACCAAUAACAUUACCACAGCAUUUCUACAAUCUUAAAAAUAAACGCUUGCGCGUGUCGGAAACGGCUUGACAUCAGAAAUGGAAUUAAAGGGCAAAACACUAUUAAUGAAUGAAAGUCUGUCAGGUCUAACAAUUCCCACCAAGAAUCUUACCAAUAAACCCUCGAAUGGCAGAGGAUUUUGUUUAAGACUUGUGACCGAAGGAUGUAGGUUUAAAGAUGUUGUUUAAAACUAAUUAGCACUCCCCUUCUUCACUCAAGACAUUCUCCCCGCCUAUACCAAAAUAAUCCAUGAAGGAUUAUCCAACCAAAGAUGUGGACGGAUCGAACGUCACGACAAGAACGAGCUAGGCCGCCCGAGCGGUCUCCCACUACUCCCUACCUAACUCAAGGAUCAUUUCGUACUAACUCGUCUCGUGACGACACUAACCGACCGAUCGAAUGAUUCACCCGUGCCGACACGCGCAUUUCUAAAAAACACAUGAUCGGGUUACUAAUUACAAAAUUUCAGCCUUCGCUACUGGUAUAUACUGUAGUAUAUUUUUGACAGUUAAUAGAUUAAAACACUCUUUAUAAAAGAAUAAUACGCAGUAAUGUACCUACUGUAGUCAUUAUUAAAAUCAUUACCAUUUCACUCUAUCUUAAUAUAAAAUUAGGAUAAUAAAAAACUCAUCACUUUAAAAUCUAUAAUAAAUAAUUACAUAAGUCUCUGAAGCAACGACCUCUUUACUACAUUUAUAAUCUAUGUUCAAAAGAUAUUAAAAAUUAGUUUGGUUCAGUAUUAUAGAAUAAGAAGAAUGUUUAUAAAGAAUUGUAAAAUUUAUAAUCUAGAUACAUAAAAAAUAAACAAUUAUUAUGUAUAAAAAAAUUGUUUUAUUA